ACGACUCCUGCGUUAUGGAUCCAUGAGAGACAGGGAAGAAGUAGCUCUUGUAGCAUUAGCAUUUACUUCCAAAAAUGGCCUCAUCUUCAGGCUGCGAACAUUAUGUGCGCAGCUGCUUGUUAAAAGCACCUUGUUGUGGAAAGCUGUAUGUGUGUAGAUUAUGCCAUGAUGCAGAGGAAAACCACCAAAUGGACAGAUUUAAAGUGAAAGAAGUGCAAUGCUCAGACUGUCGCACAAUACAAAAGGCUCAACAGAUGUGUGAAAAGUGCAGUGUACAGUUUGGGGAAUAUUACUGUGAUAUUUGCCAUUUAUUUGACAAAGAUAAGAAGCAGUAUCAUUGUCAGCCAUGUGGGAUUUGCAGGAUUGGCCCCAGAGAUGAAUACUUCCACUGUGAUAAAUGUAAUUUGUGUUUAGCUCGAGCACUAGAAGGAAAGCAUAAGUGUGUUGAAAAUGUCUCGAGGCAGAACUGUCCAGUAUGUAUGGAGGAUAUUCACACGUCAAGGAUUGGGGCACACGUCCUUCCAUGUGGUCAUCUUCUGCACAAGACUUGCUUUGACGAUAUGAUCAGAAACAGCGCAUAUCGCUGUCCGUUAUGUAUGCACUCAGCCUUGGAAAUGAAGUACCACUGGGAGGAGAUAGACCAAGAGAUCGCUCAGUCACCAAUGCCCACUGAGUACAGGAGUACAACUGUUAGGAUAAUAUGUAACGAUUGCCAAGCUCAUUCCACUGCGUCUUUUCAUGUUCUGGGGAUGAAGUGUGGGAACUGUGGCUCGUACAACACGGCACAAGAUGGAGGUCUAAUUCAAAAUAACAACGUGGAGCAGCCUGAGGAGCAUCAUGAGAACAGUGACACAGAGCCAGAGACUGAUACCGAAUCAGAGCAGCCUGAGCAGGAAGAGCCAACUGUCCAAUAGGAGUUAUUCUGUAAAUUAUAGCUUGUUUAAUGUUAUACAACAGAUUUCAAUGUUAUAAGCGUUAUCUUGCUUAAAUAUGCAAACUGAAACUAAACACUGAAUCCACUUGACUGUUCGUAGUCAUUUUUGGUUUGAACUGUUUUUUUUUUUUCUUUAGACCUCCAGGUACUGCCCAGUUUAGCAGCUCUAUUUGAAAUGUGGUCUUACAAUUACAAAGUGGCACAAGGACACAGUUCAAACUUGCUAAUCAAAUGUUAGCCUAAGUAAAGUAAGUAUUAAUUUGAAAGUAAUUAUUGGCUACAUAGCUAUGGAUAUAUGCUGUAGCGCCACCACUGUGCCACUAGAGGGCUGUUGAAUAGGUGUUUGAAUUGUGUAUAAUUAUAAGUCCAAAUGCUGCAGAAAUGUAAUAGAAUGAUUAUUGGCAUUCUUUCCAUCCAGAGCCUUGUUUAUGUGAUGCUGUUUAAGAUUUCUUUAAAAUGAUUACUAUUAGAGAAUGAACCUUGAUGACAGUUUUAUAGGAAGAUAAGUAUCAUUAUGCUAAUGCUAAAAUGGAAUGGAUAGUUUACAUGUGUCUAAUAAAGAGCCGUCGGCGCACUUA